AUGGUUGGAAGCAAGCACACGAGGAGUAAAACCGCCGCGAUGACUAAAUCCACGACGGCCCAAAGCCACUUCACCCACGAUCCCACGAUCGACAUGGUGGCACCACCACCUCUCACCACCGUGCCACCUACCGGACCCGUGACCGAAUCUAGCAACCUCCGUGGCACCGUCACCGAACAUGGUGGAACCUCCCAUCAAGGUGGGCUCAUUACCACCACCGACUUAGGCCCGGUCUUGGAGCAACUUCAAGCAUUCCCUCCAUUGCCUCCAAGCUCGACGCACGCUCUCGAGUACACCUCCAAUGAAACCCUAGCCCGUGUGCAAUUGGGCUCCACACGCUUCUCUCCUCCCGAUCCAUAA